ACGUGUGCGCGUCUUCAAUCUCUCGCGCGAACUGGCUGAGCCUACGCAUCUCUUCUUUUGGAGGUUCUCAAAAUGGUCCGAUCCACUGAUUGGGCAGCCGCUCGUGUUUCCUACCAAAUCGUGAAAGUGUAAUGAAUUAGAUUGGAGUCCGGUUGCUAACUUCGCUUCGCAUCCAUGCGCAUGUUAGCACUCCCGCGGGAAGGCCUGAUAGCUCCCAUGCUUCAGCUCCCUCUCCCGCCUCCAACCCCCACAAAACAGACCUUCCGUACAUCCCAACAGAAAUCCGCUUCCCUCCGUUCCCAACCUUUCUCGGUCUGCUACAAAUGCAAAUUCAUCUCAAGCCCUAUUUCCUCCUUUCCAAAAUCUCCAACAAAGCGUUUGAAUUCUUGCUCCAAUUCAUCUGCUCCCACAACGGAUGAUGAUUUCGAUGUCGAAUUGGGUCGCCUGUUGGCGCUUUUACCCGAUGAGAUGCGGCGAAAGGUGAGUGAGCAUCCGGACCGCCACCACCUUAUCGAGAUCGUGAUGGAUUUGGGUAGGACGCCUUUGGCCCGUUUCCCCUCCGGCGACUUUGUUCUAUCUGAUCAACCAAUCACGUUCGCCGAUCUGGAACACGCUACAUCACAGGUUGGUGACUUUGCUACUGACAAUCGUGCAGGCAUCAGUCGAACAUUGCACCGCAUCAGUGCUAUCAGAAACCGUAAGGGUGUAAUAAUAGGUUUAACUUGUCGUGUUGGCCGUGCAAUAUCUGGAAGUGCUAAUUUGUUGCGGGAUUUGGUUAAGGAUGGGGAUUCUCUAUUGCUCAUUGGGCCUCCAGGAGUUGGAAAGACUACAAUUAUUAGGGAAAUAGCUCGGAUGCUUGCAGAUGAUCAUAGUAAGCGAGUGAUGAUUGUUGACACCUCAAAUGAGAUAGGUGGUGAUGGUGACAUUCCUCAUGAAGGGAUUGGUGCUGCUCGUAGAAUGCAAGUUCCCAAUUCUGAUAUGCAGCAUAAGGUCCUGAUUGAAGCAGUGGAGAAUCAUAUGCCCCAAGUAAUUGUAAUUGAUGAAAUCAGCACCAAACUUGAAGCAGUGGCUGCAAGUACGAUUGCCCAACGUGGAAUCCAGCUUGUUUCCACCGCUCAUGGAGUAACAAUUGAGAACCUGAUAAUGAAUCCUUCUUUAGAGAUGCUUGUUGGAGGGAUACAGAGCGUUACCUUAGGUGAUGAAGAAGCUAGUAGGAGGGGUGUCCAGAAGACUGUGCUGGAGCGUAGAGGACCUUCGACAUUUACCUGUGGUGUGGAGAUUAUUUCUAAGACUGAGCUACGAGUUCAUCGUAGUUUAGAGGCAACAGUCGAUGCUCUCCUUUCAGGUCGAUCCCCAAAUUUUGAAGUUUGCAAGAUAAACAGUCAGGGGUUCGCACAUGAAAUGGUUGCUGUUCCAAUAGAACCUUUCAGUGACAUUUCCUCUCAUGAGCAAGAUGAAAUCGUGGAUGGAGAUCUUCUAGAGAUAAAUGAUGAAAGAAUUAGCUAUAAUGAAUUCACUUCUGAGUUUGCUGCAAAAAUGGAAGAGAUUCCUUCCAGAGAUGAGGUGCAGCUCCAUCUCUAUGUUUAUGGGAUCCUGGAGGCAAGUGUGGUUCAAGCAAUUAAAGGGCUGAGAAUGGAUGAUGUGGUUGAAUUGACUGAUAAUAUCAGUAAGGCAGAUGCAUUUCUUGCCUUAUUCUCCAAGCUCAAGAAGAAUCCACGAAUUCAAGCAGUUGCCAAAUCUCAUGACAUACCCAUUUAUGUGACAAAGACAAGCUCUUUGCUGCAGAUCACAAAGGCCAUUCGUGCCUUUGUCAGUAAACAUGCUGAUGGGUUCAAGGAUUUAGAAGCUGAAGACAAGAUGAGUUCAUCAGAGAAAAUUGAUGCAUUAGAGGAGGCUAGACUAGCGAUUGAACAGAUUGUAAUUCCUAAAGGGGAGCCUGUGGAGCUACUCCCACGGUCGCCUGCCAUCAGGUCUCUUCAGAUGGACCUUGCUAAAAAAUAUCAGCUUCAGUCGGAGAAAGUUGGGGAGGAACCUGAUGCACGAGUUUGCAUCCUUCCACUCCAUGCUGCCAGGACAGAAGGGAAUGAAUUUGAUGAUGGACUGGUUGAUUCAGUUGGUAAUUUUAACAAUUCGAGCAGUCCUAGUGAUAUCAAUGGUUCAUGUAAUAGCAUGACUAAAUUACCUUUCCUCCCUGAUUAGUAAGGAUGUUUUGGAGUGUACUACUGCGAUCUGUAGCUGUAAUUUUUGGCGCAAGCUUGCUUGCCUUUGAUUUUGAGGUAUCUUAUGAUGUUUAUCCAACUUUAUGCUUUGAUUGUUGUUGACUGGAUUUGAAGUACAUUACCCAGAAUGUGGUUCUUCAUAUUUUCAGUUUAGUGAUAAUGUUUAUAUUUUAUCA